UCAGUAUUCAUUUAUUCAUUUAUUAGCUUGGUCGUUGUUUGUUAGCGGAUCGUUAUUAUUUGCCGCUCGUGCUCUGUACCUCGGGUUUGCCGUCACACAGAUAUUCUUCUGCGCUCAUACAUACGCGAACAUUAAUAGCGAUUGCUUUUUAAGUUCAAAAUUUGAACACAAUUUAAAGUAUUGAAAGAAUUUGAGCAAUUUCUGUUUUUUGGAAAAGUGUAUUGUGUUAAUUUCGAAUAAGUUGGGUAGAUGCCUGCAAAUAUAUCCGCCUCCAACCAAAUGACGUCUAUACGUAUAAUAUUGAUAGAUUUAUGAAAGUGAUAGCAACAAAACCUGCACACCAGAAGAGCAUAAAACUCACACAGCUACUAUGCAUGUAUGUAAAAUUACAUACAAACUUAUGUAUGGGUGUGUAAAUGUGCAGUGCCCCGUUUGCUCCAAACAAAAUAAAGCAUUUUAAUUUUGUGAACAAAAAACCUCCGCCGUUUUUAGAGUUCGCUUGAAAUGAGUUUAAAAAAAUCAUUCUCUGAAGAUUGCUCCAAUGGCUAUGAUAACGCUGAAAAUAAAGAUCGAAUUGAUCAAAGAUCAUACUCGACUUUAUCAAUGGACGAUAUUAGCAAAACCAAUAAUCUAUUGUUGAACUCAUCCUCGGCUCUUGGGUAUUGUACUGGUAGAAGGAGAAGGAAGAGGCGUACAAAUGAGAACAAUAUACGUACCAAUACAAGUGAAUUUAAUGGAACCCCAUUAAGUGGGUCUCUGUCGGAUAACUUAUCGAGGGAAUCUAUUCGCAAGGCAUGCGGUUACGUUGACGAUUUAAGCGACAAUGAUCUAAUCGAAGUUCAAAAUACUCCGGGGAACUUCCAAAAGUGCACUCCAGCAAUCAAAAGUUCAUUUAUGGAUGGGAAUUUCUUUAACAGGCGAAAAAAGUCUGAGGAAAAUCCUUUUUACAUGGCUGACUGUCAAUUCAGUGAGAAGGCAGUAUUUCACAACGAAGAAGCCUACGAUGCUCUACGAGAACUUGAUGCAGUUCUCGAUAUACACGAUGUUUCCCAAUUCGAUUCGAACUGCUCCUCUAGCCUGACAGAAUCGGAACCCGAUCAAGCCAACAUAGAAGAUUGCUUAUUAGAUUUGGAUGACUAUCUUAAUAAAAUGGAAGAAAGCGCAUUACAUUGCAACAUUGCGGAAACAAAUAAAAACACUUCAAGUCUAGAUGCAGCAAGAAGUAGUACGCUGCCUAAUUUUCAGCGAAGUAACUAUCUAAGGAAGACCGUUGGAUGUGGACCUGAGCGAAGAUCAACUGAUUCAAUUUUAAAAAUGUCGAAACCUGCCUACGCCAGCUUGAGGUACACUGAUCGGUAUCACUCUGAUGUCGUGGCAAAAGAAACUAAACAGAUGAAACAAGUCUAUCCAGUAGAAGAAGUAGAAUCGCAUAACUUUGAAAAUUUAGAGGAUAAUGUUUUAUGUAAUGAAAAUAGGGUGUGCGAGAAUCAGAUUUUAACCGAAGAACAAAUAUUUCAAAAUUUAAUUGAACAGAAUGGGAAUCGUGGCGAAGAAGAGUGUAGACCACGACAAUACGGUAGGCGAGCAGAAAGAAAUUCACAUGCUUCCAUGCCCGAAUCGAAUAGUGCUGCCAAUAUUUCUGCUACGGCCUCUAUUAACGUUAGGCCUAUGAGUGCACCUGCAUCAGCUUCAAUACAAAUGGUUCAUUCGGAACAAUUAUUACGUAGUUCUAGAGCAUAUGCUGGAUCUGAUGGCAGCACUGGACGAUCUACCCGUACAGUAAGCCCGGUGACAAUCGCAUCCAGUUCUGAUUCUAGCGAAUCGUCAACAACAUCACAUAAUAUUAUUGAAUCAAACCUCGUUAUAAACGAAGAUAAUGCGCAGCACAAUAUAAAUUCAUCCCAUGAUUCGGAUAAUGUUGAUACGACUCAAAAGCCGGGCUUCAACACACAUUGGCCGCAUAGUUAUAGUCGGACUUUAGCCCUUAUAUCGUGUACACUAGGUCUAUUUAAUAUUUGCCGGUUUGCAGUUCUGACCAUAAAUUAUGGACCAAAUUUUCUCAUUCAGUUCCUAUUGUUUUCUAUUAUUUUCGGAGUCCCCUUUCUUUGGUUGCAAAUGUGUUUGGGGGUCAAAAUAAGAGAAGGUCCAGUGUCGAUGUGGAAAAUCAGUCCUAUAUGCAGCGGCAUUGGAAUUUCACUGAUAAUUGUGCAAUAUUUCAUUACAAUAUACUCAUCUGUAGUCGUUGUUUGGCUACUAGUGUAUUUAAGCGACACUAUUCUUUACCAAUCAUCCUAUCGAUGGGCCGAAACGAAUCACAUGCUUAUUCCUAGAAAUUAUUCGUACAACAACUUUAAUCUUACUGAAAGUAUUCCAGACUACUUUAAUAUAAAUGUUCUUCAAAGACUGCAGAUUCUUAAACUAGUUAAUAACUCGGGCAUUCGUAUUCACAUCAAUGAUCGUCAGCUGGCGUUCUAUUUGGCAAUAUUGUGGGCAGCCGUAUUUUUAAUACUGUGCAAGGGACUUAGAUCAUUUGGAAAGGUAAUUUUCAUUGUUGGAAUGUUACCCCUUUUGGUGCUUGUGGUGAUCACUGGAAAAUUGCUUUGUGUAGUAGAUCUUGCAAAAUUGCAGAAUGUGUUUAGUUCUUCCGAAUUGGAUGAUUUUCUAAUUAAUUCGAAGACAUGGACAGCUGCUGCCCAAGAAACCUUUUUAACUUGGGGUCUUCUUGGCGCUUCUGUAAUAGCAAUUUCGAGCCGAACACACAAAUCACAAUCUAAAAAAACACUUCGAAGAGAUGCCAUUCUUGUUGUUUUAGUGACGCUAAUUGGUCUGUUUUUAUCAGCCUUAAUGGGAUUGUCCUGCAUCCAAAUCUUAAACCAGUCUGGUUAUGUAUAUGUUCCUGGCUCCUAUGAGAAGCCGGGGACAUAUUCAUCAGUAUAUUCCUUAAAAUCGUCUCCCAGUUCAGAUAUAAUAUCAUAUCCCACUAAACUCGUGCCUCACUAUUCCAGUUUGAUUGGAGAAGUAUAUAGACGCCACACAGACCUGAAGAUUUCCAGCGGUUACCAAGUGCUUCGUUUUAUUUCUGAAUUAUUUCCUGCAGUGCUACUUAUUGCUGGCGAUGAUGUGUCGUGGAUUUGGGGAUCUGUUACAUUUAGUAUGAUGUUUGUAUUUGGAGUUGCACAGCUAUGUGUUAUGUGGAAACCUAUAUCGAGUGCUUUAGGCAAUUCGACAAGCGCCGUUUUACUCAGUUGUGUAACUGGUCUAUUGUUAAGCAUACCAUUUGCAACUGAAGUCGGAAUCACUUUGCUCCAUUACAUAGAUAGUUUGAUAGGUGGGGCUUGGUUCAUACCGAUAUUAUGGGCAGCGGAGAUUUUUGGCGUAUUUCUAAUCCGAGGUCGUCCAUAUAAUGGAGACGAUCUUGUAAACGAUUUGAAAAUGUCGGGUUCUAUGUCUGCAUUCUUGGCAUUAUCCUGGAAUGUUUUAUUGCCUAUCAGCCUUAUCACAUUGGCCGUCAUUGAGUACAAAACAUCAUUGUCAAGUCAAUUAUACUAUUGGCGAGGACGAUCGUACUACACCUACUGGGCAAGGAAAGUGGGAGCAUUAACACAGAUUGGCUUUAUGCUUCUGGUGCCAAUAACCGCCAUCAUACAGAUUUAUCGUUAUCUUACCUCUGGCCCACCCGAUAUUUUAGAUAGAAUUCAAAUGCUAUAUCGACCUCUGGAAGGCUCAAUUGCAACACGAUUAAUAAACAGAACUCAAAGGGAUAAUAUAGAAGGCCGUUACAGACAGUCAGGAAUCGGAAACAGUGCUGAAAAUGGCGUUAGUAAUUUACAUGAUGAUGCUCCGCCGAAAUAUACACCUCCUCCAUCAUAUACUACUGCAACUGGAGCUAGAUUAGCUAAAAUUUUACGUCAAAGCAUAAGGCGCAGCGUUAGAAGAUUGCUAGGAGACUCGGGUAGGUCAAGGCCGAUAUUGUCUAUUCAAUUAGAACAUAAUAAUGAAAGCACAUCAUUUCCACCUGAUUAUUCUUCAGUUCUUCCUAAUCUUUCGGGUUUGAACGAAGUUGCGCCGAGUAUAAGUGAAACUAUUGAGAUUGGUAACCGACCGCCAACAAAUCUGGUACAUAGCCGAUGUUUAUCUUUAGGACGUAAGCAGAUGCUAAAGAAGCACCCGUUAAUGCAAAAAAAUGUCUCAAACCGACCUUCUUCUGCUCCCCGAGAGAUAAUCUUAGAUGGUGAUGCCGGUAGUGGUACAACUCGAUUAUCAAGACCGUAUACAGCAGAGGACGUCAUAACCGUUCUUAGAUCCUCCACAAGAAUACGAAACAGAACAUCACAUGACACACACCCACUUAACCAAAUGGUAUUUCGUUCUAUUGAAAAUUUGGUGCUCAAUGCAGAGCCACCAGGUGUAAGCUCGUCUGCGGUGUCUGAACAUUCAGAUGGCGAUGAUCAUAACAAUACAUCUGUGAUUUAAUAUACUUAUAAGAAAUAAUAAUAAAAAAAAAACAAUAGCUGAGCAUCCCCAACAA